CUUUCUGUAGUUUAAGUCCGGAAUAUUAUGACAUUUCGUUAAGGGGAUUAUGUUUACUUGAAAUUCCCGUAAACGUUCUUCUAAGGAGGAGAGAAAAUAGUAGAGCGGUACCUUUUCUAACCAUAUGCCGGUAGAUGCACGGCGUCAACAACUUGAAUGUAAUAUACCAAGCUAAAGCUGAAUUUCUUACCCACUAUCAUCCUUGAUAGUAAUCUGUAAAGGUGGCAGUGCGUCAGCCUCCGCCGCGUUCUAUGGUGAUAAAAUACGACUACAACAGAAGACUACAUAGGAUUUAUCUAUAGCGUGGGUUUCAAUAUGUAAGAAGCAUAUUGCCGUUGUCUAUUAAAGGGGCGCAACCUUCUGAUUCUCGGACGAGCCUGAUGACCUUAUAACUUGCUCUCUCAGUGCCAAUAGGUUGAAGCACAGUUCUAAGACGGUUGUGUUUGGUUUCCAUAAUGUUGAUUUCCAAAAGACUUGUUACUCUCGCAACAGGCCUCAUCGCUGGUCUCCUGACCGAGUAUGCCUCGGCUCAAAAUGGUUGGCCAGCUCCCGAGGUUAUGAAAGGCACAAUUCCCAACAACCCUAUCGCCCAGACAUUAGACCCUGCCUUAAUCCGGCGUCAAUCUGACAAUAAACUAUUCCUAUAUACCACAGGCAAGAAUGGCAGCGUCUGGACGGCCAGUUCUCUGUAUGGCCCUUGGGCGCACGAAGGCACAGCGAAAUUCCGCGAGUAUGGCGGUGCCCCCUCGAUACAUCGCGUGGGUGACACGUACUACGUCUAUAUCAACAAUCACGAAUUCGACUAUUCUACAGUUGGCGUGACAGAUCCUGCCAUACACACGUGGGCACACAACUCCAGUCUCCUUGUCGCUUCGUCCAAGACGCUCGAGAUUGGUGACUGGGAGUGGCACGGGCGCCUUGAGAUCGAUUGGGCGAAGAGGUAUAAUAUCCUCGACGCCGCUCUCCUAACUAUCGACGACGGAGGGAAUCGUCGGAACCUCCUCACAUUUGGCUCGUACCAGCAGGGUCUCUUCCAGCUCCCACUAGCAGACCCGCCGAUCAAGAUCGCGGAUGGUGCUAACAAUAAUAUCAACCACCUCGCUAACAACAAGACGUCGGCAUUUCCAAACGGUCCGACAGAGGCGGCUUACAUCUUCGAAUGGCAGGAUUGGUACUACCUAUUCUUCUCGUCUGGCCGAUGCUGCAAGCAACCAGAUGGCCACUGGGUCGAUAGGGGCGACGUAUACAAAGUCAUGGUGUGCCGCUCUAAGCAACCGGGUACCGGCUACGUCGAUGACAAAGGGGUCGACUGUGCUAACAACAGUGGCGGUAAGGAGAUUUUGGGAACCCAUAAUAACAUAUGGGCUCCUGGCGGUCAAGGGGUCCUUGUCGACGACGAGGCCGGGGGGGCUAUCAUAUACUAUCACUACGUGCCAUACGACGUUCAAAGCAAAACUCCUGCGAAUGAGUUCCGCUUUGGUUGGAAUAAGCUCGACUUCAGCUCUGGAUGGCCUGCGGUUGUUAAGGGGUCCUGAAGUAUUUAAUUCUGUAGUUUAUAGUAUCACCAUGUAUGUCUCUGUGAUGAUAUUCAGAGUAUAUUAAUCUUCGCCUUAAAACCAUAAAGCUACUAGA